CCCUUCUGGAAGAAUACAAAGUUGGGCCUCCUUUCUUUCUUGAUCUGUGCUAGAAGGAGCUUGUUACCUUUCUGGAAGGAUUUUGUUAUUUUUGUAUUGUUAGAAAGAAUUGAAAACAAUUUCCUCUGGGAAAAGGCUCAAGCUCAGAAAAUGAAAUACAAGACGUCCCUGGUGAUGAGGAGGCGAUUACGGCUGUACAGAAACACUCUGAAAGAAUCAAGUAGCAGCUGUGGACACCAUGGGCCCCAGUUCGCCGCUGCUUCGAACCCCUCGGUGUUUCCGGGCCUUCCUGAGCAGCCUCCUCAGGCCUCCCACAGCCGUCCUUUGAACGGACUCCUGCGUCUGGGAAUCCCUGGAGACAUGUAUGCGAGGUCGGAACCUUUUGUAUCAGGGCCUAUGGCCCGCAGCGACACUCUGGCGACAGCCACAGCCCUGCAAGGUUAUGGCGGCAUGAACCUGACCGUGAACCUCACCGCACCCCAUGGCCCUGGAGCCUUUUUCCGCUAUAUGCGCCAGCCCAUCAAACAAGAGCUCAUCUGCAAGUGGCUGGGGGAUGACAGCCCGAUGUCCCCGCGCCCCUGCUCCAAAACUUUCAGCACCAUGCACGAGCUGGUCACGCACGUCACCGUGGAGCACGUCGGUGGCCCAGAGCAGGCUAACCACAUUUGCUUCUGGGAGGAGUGUCCGCGACAGGGCAAGCCCUUCAAAGCCAAAUACAAACUUGUAAAUCACAUCCGCGUGCACACGGGCGAGAAGCCCUUCCCUUGUCCUUUCCCAGGGUGUGGGAAGGUAUUUGCUAGAUCAGAAAAUCUCAAAAUACACAAACGAACACAUACAGGCGAGAAACCUUUCAGAUGUGAGUUCGAGGGCUGCGAGCGGCGUUUCGCCAACAGCAGCGACCGCAAGAAGCAUUCGCACGUGCACACUAGCGACAAGCCUUAUAUGUGCAAGGUGCGCGGGUGUGACAAGUGCUACACGCACCCCAGCUCUCUGCGAAAGCACAUGAAAGUUCAUGGUCGAUCGCCGCCACCCAGCUCUGGCUACGACUCGACUAUCACGUCUGCUCUCGCGUCGCCCUCACUAGAAAGCGGCCGUGAGACCUCAGUGGCUUGCUCUGCGGCGGUGGUUGUGCGUGGCACAGACGUGAGCGAAUGUGUAUCUCCAGUGAACAUGUUAUUGAGUUACAACCUGGCCCAGAGUCAGCCUAGUUUAUGUGAACAGUUGAGAAGCAAAGAACUUGUCCUCAUUGAUGUUGCUUGCAAGGUAAUCUUGCCCUGCGCAGCUGAGCGCCCCGCAUCUUGCGCCUGCGACAUCAAAGGGCUCUCUCACAAAGCAGUGUUUCUUCGCCACGGUGCAUCUUCAUGUGGCCCUAAAGAGACUCAGACGGCAGCUCCCAGAGCGCUUCGCGAUUCCAUAGACUUGCAUUACCAACACUCAGUCAUCUGCCCUUCUGCCCCUCCACGCUCAGCUUUGGGAAUCAGUUCUGCAAUCUGA